CUCCUGUUCACGUACCACAAUUCACGUAAACUACCACCGUCAUUCAUUCAAACCUCUCUCAACCGUCGCCAUAAUUAACUCUGCUCCCGAACCUUCUCCUUCAUUUAACGCAUCCUAUUCUAUUCUUCCACACCUCGCCUCGAAGCCUUUCUGAUUUAUUUCGCCUCGCCUCGACCCGACCGAACCCUUUAUCAACAAUGCUUACCGAGAGAAGCCCGUGAAUCGCGCUACAGCCGUUGUAAAAUUCCGGAUUAUACCCACCCAGCGAGCGCGUUCUGCAUCGCUUCGUGGAAUAACCGGGGCUUGUAGAAGGGACCUGCUCAGAUCUCGCAGUUCAUCUGGAGACUGAGGCGACCUAGCAGUUCAUCUGGAGGUCACAGGUAGCCUGGCAGCGAAGCCGGCUUCUCUUUGGCGUGCCUUGUCGAGUUUGGGGAUUCGUAGGUAAGUUCCAAUAUUUGUUGUACUGACCGUUUAGUAUCUUCGCAGUCAGCGGUAUGUGAUUUACUGCACGAAGUAUGGCGACUCCAUUAUGUAUCGACAUUGACCAAACAGCCGCUAUCGUUGAGUGGGAGUGGGAGGGCGCGACGCGUUGCUUAGCCACUCCAGAUCCGGACAAUGUUCCGAUACGAUUUACAAUACAUAUCGAUUCGACCCAUGACCAGCAUCGCGCUCACUUCGAGAUAAUCAUUCCUGUCAAAUUCAAAGACAAGCCAAGUAGUGCGGCGGUUCUCUUACGAAUCAGCCCUUUAUUCAUCACUUGUUUCCGCUUUUCUACAAACAUUGACCCUUCGGACUCUAUAAAAAAGCAGCGAUUUGACUCUGCCGCAUGUCUCGAGUUUGAACUCGGCAACACUGUCGCUGUACUCGUCCCCAGCUACGUCAAAGAGCCAAUAUCAGCCUCCCGGCCACGCUCUGGCAAGAUUCUGGACUCUCUCUACGAGCUAUCCCGUGUCACUACUCUGCGAAUAUAUAUCCAAGAUUCUCUAUUGUCCCUCGACCAACUCAGUUCCAUCAGCGACAGAGUAACAAAAGGUCAGCUGGAGCCUUUUUCUGGCCCUGAAUAUGAUAUUUCGCGCAUGUUCAGUGGCAGCGGAGCAAAAGCUACGAAACUCGCUCCACCCAAGCCACCAUCAUACGAGAAGGCGACGAGCUCACAACCGCCAAGCGCUCCCUCGUAUCAACGUAAACGACCUCGACAGGACAGUCUCCAAGGGCCCGAUAGCAUCAGCCAAGUCUGGGACAAACUACAGAAGCUAGAGUCGUUGUUUCACAGUAAGGUUGGAGAGCUAACAGCUGAGAAUGCUAAGCUCCGAGACCAGAAGCUAAAGCCUGACGAGUCGCAAGCUGAGACUACCCAGCCUACAGACCAGUCACAGGUGAUUAUUGAGCUGAGAGCUGAGAACGCUCGGCUUCGUGAAGAGGUAGAGCGUUUGAAGAACAGGCAGGAGGAUCUUGAGGCAGAGGUCGCAUCACUACAAACCGCGCAAAGAAGCGAGAAGGAUACAGAGGAGGUUGCAAUAAUAGAAAUUCGAGACGACAUUGAGUCACUGGAGCGUAGAUUGUCUUGGGUCGAGAAUGGAAAAGACGAAUACUUCAUGAAGCAAAUAAAGCAAGAAAUCUUUGACGAGUUAGCGACGCGUGUUUUGGGUGGGUAGACGCUUGUAUCAAGGAGUGAACAAUGAGCGAGAUGCAAGUACAUGACGGUACGAUCACUGCUUUUCCAACAUCACACAAACUAGACAGGACGAACAACCUUGAUCGUCCCUGCGAACAUUUUGUCUAUAUCAGACGGCUCCAGCGUGACCGAUCAAACUCCAUCGCAAGCGUAAACGACAUGACCAGCAAAGACAAGAUGGUCCCCAACAGCGAAGGGAAAUUAGACGUCUAGGAGUACAAGUCGCACACCAUCAAGUUCAAAAAGUCAUUACUCGUUUAUUGCCCUACACCCUCAUCCAGUUAUACUGCCAGCCCGGAUACCAGAAAGAAUUAUCUGUCUCAAAUAGUGACUGUUCUAGUCAAGCGCUUGAUUAGUGAAGCUCAGCUCCACCAGAGAGGGGAAUGUUGACGUGCUCGUCUUGGGCCCUCACUGCUCCUUCAAGAGCCGUCAUGUUGGCUGAGUCCCGGGCAUUCAUAUUCGCUCCGUGACUUACCAGCAGCUCGAGAGCACUUGCACGUCGAAAGCGUACAGCGAUAUGGAGGGGAGUUGUGCCGGAGCAGUCGCGCGAGUUCACAUCUGCGCCGGCCUUGAUCAGCGAGAGGAGAAUACCGGUCGUUCCAUUGCGAGCGGCGAUGUGGAGUAACCUCAAUGAUUUACUGUUGAAGUCGUUGGAGUUGGAGGUGAGUGAACUCGAAGACGCAGGCGGUGCUCGCGGCUCUGGGUUGCAUAUCCCCGGAACUGAGACUGGAGCGUGUCCACGUGAACCACUAAACCAGGCCAGUCCUCAUCGAGAGAGGAGGGCCAGGGCAGGGCGGUAGGGUCGUCUAGGGGGCCGUCUAGUGCCCAGACGUCAAGGUCUUCCGACGCUUCGGCCCGUACACAGACGGAGUCAGAACCAGAACCAGAACCAGGAUGUUGUGGCGGCUGCAAUGGCGGCGCCACGUCCACGUCCUGCGCAGUUGCCUCUGCAGUUGCGACGUCCGCAGUAGUGUCGUUGUGCUGCUCACGUUGCCGUUGGCGGGCUCCUAAGGCUUGUGAGCACCGAGAAGAGAAGGUAGUUGCAGUAAGGUCUAACAUACUCGAUGCCCUCUUGGCAGUUCUGUUCCGUUCGCGGAGACGGUGCGUUUCCUGCUGCUUAGGCGAUGCGAAGAGGACGCAGCCUUCAAGCUCUUCCGUUUCAAUAAAGAGCCAAGACACAGUCACCCUGCUAGCGACAUAGAGCCUGUCUUUGAUACACGUAGAAAAUUGUCUUCUCAGACCUCCAGACUAGAAACCGCCCAGCCUCAAGAGUGGCGGUCCAUACUAGUAAACGACCGCGAUGGCGUAUAAUACGGUUUCACAGCACAAAUAUUGACGAUCAGAAACGGACAAAACACGAGUAUGAACGAGCCGACGGAGGAGGUUUGUGCAUUUAGACCCCAAAUACUCCAGGCAACAACAUAAGAGAGCAGGGUUCUUGGCAUAUCAUCUACUGAAUCAGGCAACUGGAGUGGCUCAUUAGAUCAUAGAGGUAUCAUAAUCCCGUUUGGUUGCUGUGCCGUACGUAUAUACAGAUUCCUCCUAGCGAUCAGCAUGAGAGACCGUGAAGCCUCGACGGCUUAUAAAAGCCCCAUUGAUAAGAGAUGAUCCAUGGGAAUUAACGGGCGUAACUUUACAUCUGCAAUCCUACGCUAACUGUAACGAAUCUAGCUGAUCUUAUUGGUACUAUACCUAGUCGAUAUAUUCUCCGUAGCUCUAUACCAUGUCCCGGCUUGGCUUCCCAGUACUGAAGCGUAAGGUCUCGAAGCCAGCCUGGUUGUCAAGAGUAAGCUUAAACGGUAUAUGGAAGCCUAUGUCCACUCAUAUGAAUUAGUAGUGAAUAGUUAUGGUACUGAACAUAAAUCCAGUUCAAAUCAUGACCAAUUAUGUCCAUGAAGAAAAGGAUAUCAACGACCAACGGGAUGACUGCCUGUGCCAGGAACUUUUGUCCGCGCUGCUGCAGUUGGUCAUGCAAGGCCAGAGCAGCGGGCGCAAUGGCGAAUUGUUACUAUGGGCCUCGCUUGUAGUGGCCAUGAUGAAUCGAGUCACGAUAAUGUGAUCCAAACGAUCUUGAGCAGCCAAAUUUCUUAUUGACGACAGAGCCAAGUUCAUCUUCACCGAGUCUCUUGCGAACCCCAUGUUCUCCGUCCAAGACUUCGAGGCCCUCGCCGCCAUUGCGCACUCAGAGCAUCCUAGGAUCUCGUGGGAUUAUCGCCUGUGAUAGAGGAUGUAAGGGAUAUCAUUGCGGACCUUGAACAGGCCUUCGAAAGAAAGGAGGCCGGCUAUAGAUAUGGAGGAGACUUGAGACUGAUUGAUUGGUGAUCAGAGGGAUCAGAAAGACAGGGGCUUACAGAAGAGCUAUCUCACCCUUACAUCAAUCAUAUUGAGUCCUUAUAUAAAUCGCCAAGUUCUAAUCCCUAGUCGACCGGAUGCCUCUACCAGCGAGGAUAUCAUUUCUCUCUGACUCCAGCCUGUCUCUAGAGGUCUUGAACAAGGACGGCAGUCCUGUCUUCUCGUACGCCAGCCCCUGGGUCAUGGCUGCAAUACCCUCUGCGGCCAAGAAGAUAACAGGCAUUCCAUGCCCAUGAAACCCAGCAAUUAUAAAUACCCCAUCUCUACCAGGAACCUCUCCCACAUGAGGAAGUGAAUCAGUACUAUACCCCAUGAUCCCCGUCCAAACACGGUCAACACACGCGCCUGAGUCCUCCCACCCGACAAACGUCCUCUGCAUGUAGUCAGCCUCAAAGUACCGCCGCGCCGGCUCAAUGAGCUGCGUGUCGUUGACGUUGUUGUACCAGCUCCCUAGGUCAUUCCCGUCAUACUUGUGGUGAGCGCCGCCGAGAACGAUGCUGUUGUCCUCUAGUUGUACCAUAUAGUUAUAGCCCGUCUUGUUGGAGACUGAGUCUUGUUCCAUUAUGGCACAACUUGCGGCCAGAAGCUUUGGCAGUGGCUUACCCUUGGGGCCAAUGAUGUGGCAUGCGAGUCCCUUGCAUGGCACGAUGGAACUCGCGUACUCGGGAAGAAUUGCAGAGGUGUAGGCGUUCGUGGCGAUGACGACUUUUUGAGCUGUCAUUGUCUCUCCUGAGCGCAUCAUAAGGGUAUGACCGUCUGAUCCAGCGUGCUCAACUGAUACAACCGCAGUUUGGGUCCUCAGCGAGAGUCCCAUGUCAACACAGCGCGCCAACAGAGACGUGAGAAGUUUGUAGGGCGAUACCCGAGCCGCGGGCGUGGAGAAAUAGCCCUUUGCGUCUCGCAAUCCUGUACGUUGGGGCGCAUCAUCACCCUCGUAGAACUCUAUCACAUCCAGCAGGGUAUCACUGAAAGACGAUGCUUGCUUCAAGCCCUCAUAUGCCUCGCGCACCAUGGAAACUUGCUCCAGUGUAGUGAGAACAGCGAGACUCCUCGUCUCCGCAAAAUCGCAGUCAAUAGCCUCCGACCUGAUAAGAGACUUGAUCACGUCUAGAUGGCGAGCUUCAAACUGCACGAUCUCGGCUGCUGCAGAGGCAUUGUAUUUCUUGCAGUUUCUCGCAGCUCCCAUCAGAUAGUCAGGGCGCAGGUGUCCUCCGUUCCGUCCUGUAGCUCCGGAACAUGGAUCCUUUGCCUCCAAGAGAAACACAUUGCAUGGUGGAGAGGUCGUCUUCAAGAUGUGGUAUGCCGUAGCAAUGCCUGCAUACCCACCGCCGACAAUCGCCACAUCACAUGAGCUGGGGAGAGGUCCGGUAUGUGAAGGUAUUUCUGGCUGCUGGGCUUCAUGCUGCCAGUAGGAUUGUGGUGAUCCUUCUACAGGAAAGCCUGAGGUGCUCAUUGUGAUCUGUGCCGUAAUACUAAUAGCGAAAGGAUUAGAACUAGAUCAUUCGAGAAGACAACUCCAGCAGGUUUCAGUAUGUGCUUACCUAUCCCGAUGCGACUUUAUGACAAACUGA